AUGGGGGCCAUGUUUGAUCCAAGAAUGAAGCUGAAACUUGUGGAGUAUGAUCCUCUUUCAAGUGAGGACAAAGUCAAUAGGUUGAAGAUGAAAUUCUAUAUUCUAUACAAUGAGCUUAAGAAAAAAGGUGUUGAUGCAUCUUUGUCUAAAGAUCCUCAACCAGUGGAAGUUCUAUUUCUGAAGUUGGGGAGUCUAAAUUCAUGGAAGGAAAUAAAUCAAGAGAAACUAUUUUGCACAAUAUGGGAGUCAAAUGUUGACUUAUACCUGGAUCAACUGAAAAAGAGUGAAGGAACAAUUCCAAUUGUUAUUAUUCAGUUUUGCAAGCGCAAUCUAUUUAGAGGUGAAAUUCGCAUUUCUACACAUUUUCAAGCUUCUAAGGUUGUGAUCAAUGCUGAUGUUAAAGAAGUGAAAGAUUUUAGGAUGAGAAUAAGAGAUGAUAGCAGAUUUCUUCAGCAAGGUUCUGUCAUUGAAGGAGGACAAAGGCUUGGUGGUGAAUAUGAUGAUCUACAAGUGAAGUCCCUUGAGGAUUUGUCUUGCCUAGAGGAAGGUUCAUGUUGGGUGUUUGGUAAAAUUGAGUCAGUUGAGUGCCAUUAUGGUCAGAGAAGUGGAUAA